GAGCAAGGACUUGACCGUUGCAGUGAUUGACCCGCGGUGCCGACGCCGCGCCCCCCGCGCGGCGCCGUGGCACGAGCGAGGAUUAUGAGCCCACUACAUCAACAGCAGGCUCAACUUCAGCCUGGAAAGUAGUCAAUGAAAGUGCAUGGACCGGCAACUUGCAAAACCUGCUGCCAAAGUAACCGCCUUGAAGCGCAGUUGAUGAUUAGUAUUGUAUGGUACUAAUCAGUUUGAAGUUUUAUAAUUAUCCAGAUCAACCACCAAGCUUUCGCUUCGUGGAUCGCACUUUCGCGCCAAACUCGCGCAAAGCUCAAUUUUAACUGUAACCGGCGUGAUAAUCCUUAAAUUACGUCAAGCUUAAUUAUCAAACUAACGAGGCAAACGUCCGUGGCCAACCUGCCCCGAGAUGGGGCCAGCAGCGCGGUCUUGCUUCUUCGUUAUUCUUGCCGUCAGUGCGCCGUAACUGUGAGCGUGUAGCAAUAAGGGUAGGCAACUUGGAGCCAUGGCACAGUUGGGACUGCCGGGGCCGGUUCCUAUCUGGAGCCCCACCCGCCCGGCGGUGGUGAUGGAUUGCGGGACGGGCUUCUCCAAGAUCGGGUUCGCUGGGAAUGCAGAGCCGAGCUUCGUCAUCCCCACGGUGCUGGGGCCUGGCACGCCCUCCACCGUGACCGGGCCCGGCUCCGGCGCCGCCACCGCUGGGCUGGGCGGCCGGCCGGGCGGCCCGCUCCUGUCUGACCUGGACUUCACCAUAGGCGAGGAGGCCCUGGCCGCCGCCACGGCCGGCUCCGCGGGCGCUGACCUGACGUGGCCGGUGCGGCGGGGCGUGGUGGGCGACUGGGACGCCAUGGAGAGGUUCUGGCAGCGCAGCCUAUUCCACCACCUGCGUGUGGACCCCGAGGAGCACUGUGUGGUGGUGACUGAGCCGCCGCUGAACCCGCCCGAGGCGCGCGAGGCCAUGGCUGAGAUCAUGUUCGAGACCUUCAACGUGGCCGGGCUGUACGUGGGCGUGCAGGCGGUGCUGGCGCUGUACGCGGGCUGGGCCAGUGCGGACCGAGCAGCCAAGGCCGCCUCCGGCGCCUCCGCCUCCUCCGCCUCCUCCGCCUCCGCCUCCGCCGCGGCUGUGUCUGCUCACCUGACGGGCACGGUAGUGGACGUGGGCGAGGGCGUGACCCACAUCAUCCCGGUGGUGGACGGCUACGUGCUGGGCGGCGCCAUCAAGAGCCUGCCCGUGGCGGGGCGGGCGGUGACGGGCUUCGUGCAGCAGAUGCUGCGCGACCGCGGCGAGCCUGUGCCUCCGGAGAUGUCGCUGGAGGUGUGCCGGCGCAUCAAGGAGGGCCACUGCUACGUGGCGCCCGACAUGCUGCGCGAGUUCGGCCGCUACGACCGCGACCCGGCCAAGUACCUACGCAGCCUGGGGCUGGCCAACCCGCGCACCGGGCAGGAGUUCCAGGUGGACCUGGGCUAUGAGCGCUUCCUGGCGCCCGAGGUGUUCUUCAGCCCCGGCAUCAGCGGCGUGGCGCCGCCCGGCACACCCUCACUGGCGCGGGCCGUGGACGACGUGAUCCAGGCCUGCCCCAUCGACACGCGCCGCGCCCUGUACGGCAAUGUGGUGCUGUCGGGCGGCAGCACCAUGUUCAAGAACUUCGGCCGGCGGCUGGCGGCGGACAUGACCGCGGCCACAAGCAGGAGGCUGCAGCCCGGGGCCACGGCCAUCGAGAUCGCGGUGCGCAGCCACGCCAUGCAGCGGUUCGCGGUGUGGUUCGGCGGCUCGCUCAUGGCGUGCGAUCCGGCCUUCGGGUCCGUGUGCCACACGCGGGAGCAGUACCAGGAGUAUGGGCCCAGCAUCUGCCGGACCAACUACGUCUUCCGAGACGCAUGAGGACGGCCCUGCAUGCCGGCGUGCCUGAUGGCUGCUGCCCGCCCUGCCGGCCGCGGCGGCGUCAAUCCGCCGGCACGCCACUUGCUCGCUCGUUGCGCCUGGAAGCAAAGGGGACUUCUGCUUGCGGCAUGGCGGUCAUUCAAGGUGGGCUUUGGACAGGCAGUGGGCUGAUGCCGGGGCUGCGGUGUGGUGCUGGGUCGGAACUGAGGGCGCCGCCUCCAGUGACGCUGCACUGCCCAAGCCGCGGGCUUUCGUCGUGGCUCGGGCAGAUGUGGGCGGCAAGGGCGGCGGCCGUGGACGGAGGCACUAGAAAGAGAAUCUGCGCGCAUCGGCAACUUAAAGAGCGGAAAGGCCUCAGUUUUAGUUGGCGAUAUGCCGCUAAAGGCCGCGACGCACGUGUCUGUCGGCGCCAUGCUGGCCUCUUGAAAGCAGCUGUAUGAACCCGUUGUGGUGUGGCCGUGGUGCUGGGGGGGGGGCGCGCAAGCCGGUAGAGCGCCGGGGUUUUGCACGGUGCUCGAGAUGUGGCUGUGCUUCGUGUGCGCUUCUCCCACAAACCAGGGAAACGCCAUGCGCGCUGGCCGCGCUUGCACCUUAGUUGGACGCGCGGGCGGCUGCGCUUUGACAGCCAAGAACGGCCUCGCCGCGACUUGAAUGCUGCGCGCAUAUCUGCAGCAUCAUGGUAUCAGCCUGUCUGCGUGGCGGGUGAGCAGGUGCGGUGUGGUGUGGUGUGGUGUGGUGUGGUGUGGUGUGGUGUGGUGUGGUGUGAUGAGGUGUGGUGUAGGCGUUUGUGCGCAGCUGGAGGUAGGAGAGGAGGCGGAGGCGUGAACCUGCGAUGCUAUGUCGACGAGGGGAGGCCGCUUUGGCGGCCGAUAGCCCCCUUACACCCCGCUAGCUGACACCAAGUGUCGCAAACGCAUUGGGCGAAGGCGGUCCUGUGAGGCCGCUCCGUGCGGGUGGGGUGCGGCGCCUGGAGUGCGGGGGGAGCCCGAGGGCCCCGUUCAUCAACCCCGACCCCAGGAGAACCUGGAAAGGCCGCGGAUGCUGUAACCUGCCGUACCGUACCGUACCCGCACACGAUCACCGCGCAUGUAAACAAAGUAUUUG